CCUUUUAUGGUAUGAAGAGAAAAAGGAAUUAGGCCAACAUUUUCUAAAGCAGUGCAUGGAUUACUCCUCGUAUACGAGAGAUCUAGUGCACACCAUGUAUUCAUAUACUCUACUGGCUGAAGACCUGACCACUAUGCGGCAAAUGAUUACGAACAACGGUCUGUCGUCCCCUUCCGUGGUGUCAGGAACCAUCUGGUUUGAUAACAUGACAGAGUUCAUUAACAUCUUAAAAUAUAUUCAGGAUGCAUUGGCCGACAGAAUUGUGCAGUGUGCAAACGAUGAAAACAGCCAGCUGGAGGAACAGAUGACAUUAAGCGCCAUAGAAUUGACUGUGGCUUUAAUCUUGAUACCUAUCGUUGUCAUUCUGGUCGGAAAUAUAGUUAAAAGAAUUCAUAGAUUUUCAACCGACUUACAAGUGAAGACUUCUGAGCUUGAAGAAGAAAGGAAAAGGACUGAGGAGCUUUUGUACCAGUUGUUGCCAAGAACGGUUGCUAGGAAACUAAUGCGAGAAGGAAAUGCAGUUCCGGAAGCCUUUCAUUCGGCUACAAUAAUGUUUUCGGACGUUGUCGGAUUUACAAAAAUAUCGAGUCACAGCACGCCAAUGCAGGUGAUCAGUAUGCUGAACACGUUGUAUUUGACAAUUGAUGGUCGCCUGGAUAGCUUUGGUGUCUAUAAAGUAGAAACAAUAGGUGAUGGGUAUAUGGUCGCAUCAGGGCUGCCAAUGCGAAACGGAGAGAGACACGUAGAGGAAAUCGCUCAACUCUCGUUGGAUUUGCUCAAGACUAUUGGAGAGAUGAAAAUUCCUCAUUUAAGUAACGAGAAAAUGCGCUUAAGGAUCGGUUUUAACACAGGCCCAUGUGUAGCCGGUGUUGUCGGUGUAAGGAUGCCACGAUAUUGUGUGUUUGGUGAUACGGUUAAUACAGCAUCAAGAAUGGAAUCUACUGGAUUGCCUCUUCGUAUACAAAUGACUGAGUCAUCAGCUAUUAUGCUUCGACAACGGGUUGGUUAUUUCAUUACUGAACGCGGAACUAUGGAGGUAAAGGGUAAAGGAUUAAUGCGUACAUAUUGGUUGGAUGGUUAUAAAUCAGCAAAUCCAGAUGAUCUAGUAAGAAAUGGACCUUCAGAACAUAUUGUUAUUGAAGUAAAACAGCAACGAAUGUGACAGUUUCAUAUGUAUCCUCAUCAAUAAUACUGAUAUCAAGUUAUCAAAGAUUCGAUUUAGAUAAUUAUUUCUUGUUUCAAUAUUAUAAGAUUAAUAUUGAAAGCUAGCCUAGCUCAAAACGCCUGUUUAA